UCUGUCAUCUGGACCAUGAGGAUCUGGUGGCUCCUGCUUGCCACUGGAGUCUGCACAGGGAACGUGAACUCACAGGACACGUGCAGGCAAGGGCACCCUGGUGUCCCUGGGAAUCCCGGUCACAACGGUUUGCCUGGAAGAGAUGGACGAGAUGGAGCAAAGGGUGACAAAGGGGAUACAGGAGAACCAGGACGUCCUGGUGGUCCAGGGAAGGAUGGCAUGCACGGCCAGAAAGGAGAACAAGGAGCAGAUGGAAGAGUUGAAGCAAAAGGCAUCAAAGGAGAUCCCGGCUCCAGAGGACCCCCAGGGAAACAUGGGCCAAAGGGAUUUGUUGGCCCCAUGGGGGAGAAAGGCCUCAGAGGAGAGACUGGUCCUCAAGGGCAAAAGGGGGAGAAAGGUGAUGUGGGUCCCAUUGGCCCAGCAGGGCUAAAGGGCAGCAGUGGACCUGUGGGCCCAACCGGUUUGCAGGGCCCCAUAGGCCCCCUUGGAAAGCCUGGUCCCAAGGGAGAUGCUGGGCCCUUGGGACCUCAAGGUGAGCCAGGAGCCCGGGGAAUGAGAGGCUGGAAAGGGGAUCGAGGGGAAAAAGGGAAAAUUGGUGAGACUCCAGUCUUGCCCAAAAGUGCUUUCACUGUGGGGCUCACUGUGCUGAGCAAGUUUCCUUCCUCAGACGUACCCAUUAAAUUUGACAGGAUCUUGUAUAAUGAAUUCAACCAUUAUGAUAUAGCUACGGGAAAAUUUACUUGCCACAUUGCCGGCGUCUAUUACUUCACCUACCACAUCACUGUGUUCUCCAGGAAUGUGCAGGUAUCUUUGGUCAAAAAUGGGGUAAAAAUACUGCACACGAAGGACAGUUACAUGAGCUCUGAGGACCAGGCCUCUGGCGGCAUUGUGCUGCCGCUGAAGCUGGGGGACGAGGUGUGGCUGCAGGUGUCCGGAGGGGAGAGGUUUAACGGCCUGUUUGCGGAUGAGGAUGAUGACACAACUUUCACAGGCUUCCUUCUGUUCAGCAGCUAAUGAUGGGGAGUGUUUAUGAAUCCGCCUUGCCACCCGUCAGAGUUAGCUCCGUGAAGAUACAAUAGAUGAUUUUUCUAUGUUAAUUACUCUUAGUAUUGUAAUUAUCAUAAAAAGGUAAAAAUAGAAAUGUCAUUCUUAAAACCAAUUCUAUGUAAUUUGCUAUCUUCCUUAGAGUAAAAUUUUAAGUACCUGCAUUUUUUAUUGUAAUUUUGAUAUUUUUCAUUAUUUUCAUUAUCUGAAGAAUGCUUUGCAUGUGCAUUUCUUGUGGAAUGUUUUGAUAUCAUUUUAGGGCUCAAAGGAGCCAUUUUAUGAUUGAUCUCUCAUCUGUGUUUCUGAGGACAACAGGGAGAAAGGAAAAUGUUUUCUCCACUUAGUGACUAGUAAGAGUGUUAAGCUGGUGACAAUGAGGGAUCCCAGAAACGGGCACAACACUUUAUGGGGCACGGCUACAGUGUU